AGUCUGUCGUGAACGCGCAUCGGAGGCUUGACGUCACUGAGGCGCCCUGGCUCUCCCGAGCCGCUGGUACUGCUGGCAAAACGAUGGAAAAAUCAGAUAGACAUCUAUCGAGUAUUUAACAUAAAAUGAUGGGUUUUGCAGCUGAUUUCUGAUUGCCAGAGGAUUCAGUGAUGGCGCCGAUUUGAGCUUCACCAGAAAACGAGAAAGAUUGGUGUCAUACUUUGUAACACUGGAUAGCUCCUGUUGGAAGAGGACAGACUGUCAGCAUUGUCUGUCCCUGAAAGUGGACAACAUCGGACCUCUAUUUUAGGAUGAACAUUGCACCCACCGUCUCCAGUUGAAGCAGGACCACCGCCGUGUAUUCUCAGAAUUGGUGAAAGUCACAAUCACACAAUUAGCAAGAAUACGCAGAUACUUGAGGUCUUACUUCAGUUUAGCUUGUCAGCCCCAUUCUUCUAUUUAGCAGAAGAUGUAUGGGAGUGCCCGCUCUGUUGGCAGAGGGGAUGCCAACCAUAGUGGAGGAAGAGAUGGUACUGGUAAUCAGGGAUCUGGCCGUUCCCCUCGCCUUCCCCGUUCCCCUCGGAUGGGACACCGUCGCACCAACAGCACCGGAGGCAGUGGAGGGGGUCCUGGAGGAGCAGGAGGCAAGACGCUUUCCAUGGAGAACAUCCAGUCCCUCAACGCUGCGUAUGCCACCUCAGGACCAAUGUACCUGAGUGACAAUGAGGUUGCCAUGGCAGGUGAUCACCUUCUCAAAAGUGGUGGGACAGUGACGACCAUGGGGAGACAGAGGGUGACCUAUGGGUCAAGGGCCAACAACAGUGGAGUUGUGGCUGCUAGCACCCCCAACAUCUCCACCUUAGUGCCUGGUGGUGCUCUGCUGCCAGCAGGCAUGAUGGCAGGUGAUGCUCUAGCUUUUGGAGACCACCACAUGGCCUCCACUGUGCCCCAUUCUUUAAGGCAGGCCAGAGACAACACCAUACUGGACCUGCAGGCCCAACUGAAAGAGAUUCUGCGUGAAAAUGAAAUGCUGCGGCGAGAAGUGGAAGUUAAGGAGAGCAAGCUCAGCUCCUCUAUGAAUUCUAUCAAGACCUUCUGGAGCCCAGAAUUAAAAAAGGAGCGAGCUCUCAGGAAAGAUGAGGUUUCUAAGAUCACUGUCUGGAAGGAACAAUAUCGUGUGAUUCAAGAUGAAGCACAGCAUCUCCAGAUGACUGUUCAGGCCCUUCAGGACGAGAUGAGGAUCCAGAGGGACCUGAACCAGCUGCUCCAGCAAGACCCUGCCAUCCAAGGCCGGGACCUGGCCCUGUCAUCUGAACCUACGGAGGAGAACUACCGAAGGCUACAGGCCGAAUACGAGAGGCAGGCCAAAGAGCUCUUCCUCCUCAGAAAGACCCUGGAGGAGAUGGAGCUGAGGAUUGACACACAGAAGCAGACCCUGGGAGCCAGAGACGAGUCCAUCAAGAAACUUCUGGAGAUGCUGCAAAGCAAAGGGCCAUCUGCCAAGGCAUCAGAGGAGGACCAGGAGCGGACCAGAAGGUUGGCUGAUGCAGAGAUGCACAGGCAUCACCUUGAGAGUUUACUGGACCAGAGAGACAGAGAGAUUAAUGCACUGAGAGAGGAGCUGCACCGUCGCUACGAGGGAACCCCUGAGUCCACCAAAACAAAGGCUCUACAGACUGUCAUCGACAUGAAGGAUGCAAAAAUCAAUUCAAUGGAGCGGGGCCUGAGAGACAUGGAGGAGGAGCUGCUGAUGCUGAAAUCCAAUGGACUUCUGAGCUGUGAGGAGCGUCAGGAGGAAAUGAAGCAGAUGGAGGUCUACCGCAGCCACACGAAAUUCAUGAAGAACAAGAUGGAGCAGGUGAAGCAGGACCUCUCCAGGAAGGACACUGAGAUGCUUGGUUUGCAGACCAAGCUGGAGACGCUCAACAACCAGUUCUCAGACAGCAAGCAGCACAUUGAAGUCCUCAAGGAGUCCCUCACUGCCAAGGAGCAGCGAGCUGCCAUCCUACAGACAGAGGUGGAUGCCUUGCGCCUGCGCUUGGAAGAGAAGGAGACAACUCUAAAUAAGAAGACCAAGCAGAUACAAGAAAUGUCAGAAGAGAAGGGCACACUCAACGGGGAGAUCCACGACCUCAAGGACAUGUUGGAGGUUAAGGAGCGCAAAGUUAAUGUGCUUCAGAAGAAGAUUGAGAAUCUGCAGGAGCAGCUCAGGGACAAGGAAAAGCAGAUGAGCAAUCUGAAGGAGAGAGUAAAGUCUUUGCAGACAGACACCUCCAACACUGACACUGCUCUCACCACACUGGAGGAGUCUCUUGCAGAAAAGGAGCGUAUCAUUGAGCGUCUAAAAGAGCAGCGAGACAGAGACGACCGGGAGAAGACUGAGGAGAUUGACUGUAACAAGAAGGAACUGAAAGAGUUGAAGGAGAGACUGAGCUUACUCCAGGGAGACCUGUCAGACAGAGAGACGUCUCUGUUAGACCUGAAGGAGCACGCAUCAUCCCUGGCCUCCUCUGGGCUGAAGAAGGACUCUAAACUCAAGAGUAUGGAGAUCGCCUUGGAGCAGAAGAGGGAGGAGUGCUUCAAAGUGGAGAACCAUCUUAAGAGAGCUCAAAAUGCAACCCUGGAGGCUCAGGCCAACACUGAGCUGGCCGAGCGCAUUAAGAACCUCGAACAGGAAGUGGCCCGCCACAAAGAGGAUUCUGGGAAAGCCCAGGCUGAGGUGGACCGCCUGCUGGACAUCCUUCGAGAAAUGGAGAAUGAGAAGAAUGACAAGGACAAAAAGAUAAAUGAGCUGGAGAGUUUGGCCUCCAGGCAGAUGAAGGACCAGACUAAGAAGGUGGCGUCUCUGAAGCACAAGGAGCAGGUGGAAAAGAGCAGGAAUGCUCGACUCGUGGAGGAGGCCAGGAAGAGGGAGGACAACGAGUGCGAGAGCUCUCAACAGGUGAAGGACACUCUGCGUCAGAAGUCGGAUCGCAUAGAGGAGCUGGAGGAGGCCCUAAGAGAGAGCGUGCAGAUCACUGCAGAGAGAGAGAUGGUGUUGGCACAGGAGGAGGCUGCCCGGUCACUCCAGGAGAAACAGAUGGAGGAGCUGCUGGGGGCCAUGGAGAAAGUGAAGCAGGAGCUAGAGUCCAUGAGGGCCAAGCUGGCCUCCACCCAGCAGUCUCUGUGUGAGAAAGAGACUCACCUCUCAACCCUGCGAGCUGAGCGCAGGAAACACCUGGAGGAGGUGCUGGAGAUGAAGCAGGAGGCACUGCUGGCUGCUAUCAGCGAGAAGGAUGCUAACAUUGCCCUGCUAGAGUUGUCCUCCUCUAAGAAGAAGAAGACUCAGGAUGAGGUGUCUCUGCUGAAGCGGGAGAAGGACAGACUGGUGCAACAGCUCAAACAGCAGACUCAGAACAGAAUGAAACUGAUGGCAGAUAACUAUGAGGAUGACCAUCUGAAGACGGCUCCCGACCAGACAAAUCACAAACCCUCUCCAGAUCAGAUGAUACCCCCUCUUCUAGCCCUGUCCCAAAACCGCAGUAAGCUCAAGCUCUACAUCGCCCACCUGACGGACCUCUGCCAUGACCGGGACCCCAGCAUCCUCAGCCAGCUCACACCGCCCUCUCACUACCACCACAACGACCCCGAAGACUGGGAGGAGGAGCUCCAGAAGAUGAGUGUCGAACAGUUGCAGCGAGAGCUGGAGGUGUGUGAGAAGGAGAGCGGAGAGCUGCAGGAGUAUGCAAACUCUGUCCUCCAACAGAUUGCAGACUACUGCCCCGAUAUCCUGGAGCAGGUUGUCAAUGCCCUGGAGGAGUCAUGCUGACAACUCUGACCUCAGACACAACCCGGCUGACCCCUGGUCUUCACAUAAUCUGUAGCUUAUCCCAGGUGCCCCUACCUCCACUCAACAAGGCUCCUGGAAAGAUGAGAGGAAGCUGGGGCAUUAUCUCGCCCCGCUGAGCUUUUCUUCGUUCCCCUCGUCCACCCCGGAACAAACUUUCACAACGCCUAAGUGCUUUCCUGUCUCAUGUGUCUCUCUAAUGUCAUGCCUAUAAAAUCAAAUUAGGGAUGUUCACACAGUCUGUCGAAAUGUUGUCAAUUAUGGCACUUUGAGCAAAUAUCAGAUUGCACACUGCAAACGGAGGUCCUCUUGAUAAUGACGGCGGUGGCAGAUGGUGCAGUCGCAGUGGGAAGAGAAAGUACACACCUAAUCACAUAUCAAGCAGGCAACAUCAUACUGGAGGAUUAUGAAAAUGUAAAAGCUCACCAGUAAGCAUAUGUGAACUCACCAAAAUUUGAUUUUUGCAAGUAGUAUAUUGCACACCUGUUAGUCCGGGUUGUGUUGGGAGUUGGGAGAGAAAAGAUAUCGGAUGAAGGAAACAAACUUCCACAAAGUCUUGGAGGAUACUGCCAACCUAACUCUCUAGAACUGCUAGAUCAAGCACAGUUACCUCACCCACUUCUAUCUCAGUCUUUUACCCCUCAGAUUUCUCUUGCAUAGCUUUCAAGAUAAAAGGGGUAAAUGUAUUCCUUACAUGGGACAGGAAAGCACUGUUUGUCUUGAAGGACUGGGGAGCUGCUACAUCUAGAGGGGAGCAGAGAGGAGCUCAGUUCCCUGGGUAAAUCAUGGAGCCAUGUAGAUGCUUAUUUUUGUGUGUUGUGUCUGUGUGUCUGUGUUCCAUAACUAGUAGGUGGGAGUCACUAGUUAGAAAUACAGCUAAUGGUGUCCAAACAUCUGAACACUUAGGAAAUGUCACUUUUUAACCAAAUAUAAAUGCAGCAAGUUCUCCAAAUGUUUCCUCUCCCAGCUUGGAGCUGUGGAUCUGUCAUUGUAGCCGAGAUUAAGUGGUAGGUACGUUUUACUGUGUAGUCUGUGGCUGGGUCUCUGUCAUGAGAGGGGGAUUAAGGCCUGACCUUUGACACGGAUCAAAGGCAAGAUUUUUAGUUACACUAUAUUCUCAAAUACAAAUAAGAGAGAGGGGGUAACAAAAAGCUUUUAUUCUCUGAGAUGUGUUCAUUUUUAGAUGGUUUUGCACACAACGUCCACUUGUUUAUGAGGUAUGCAAUGUUUCUUUUGAGAACGUUCUAGUGGCCUUGGAGCAUGCACAGAGAUCAGUACUGGACCUAAUGCAGGGAUAUUUAUUCCUUUGUAAUAUUGGUGCUAAGGCAUGAUGUAAGAACUUGUGAUCUCAUCCACUGAUCUUUCAGUCUCAUCCAAAGUUUCUAUAGAUGUUACUUAAAGCCCACCUGUUCUUUAGUUUGUCGACUAAAACACUGAAGAAUACAAGCAAUGCCCUUUUUCUUGUAUUUUUCAGAUCACUUACAAAUGCAAGUGAUGCCUCCUUUUUAUUGUAUUUUUUGAAAUCUUCAGGGCUGAGGUUUUUAAUUACUAAGUGCAUCUACAUUUACAGGAAAUGAAAGUCACUUUUCAGCAUAUUUAGACUUUAGUUCAGUUUGUAAAUAACGUGAUAUUUAACACGUACAGUGACUGAAUAAAGGUAAUUAAGUGGAAGGUGUUGUGCAUUCAUUAAAAAAAUAAUAAUCAGAAAAGUUAAAAGCAGUACAGUUGUCAUUUUGUCUUCAGGACAAAGUGUGUGUGUGUGUGUGUGUGUCAGUAUUGCCAUAACUUGCAGAAUGUCAUGUUCUAUAGAGAUACUGUAUAUUAUAUAAGAGAUAUAUAUGUAUAUUUUAUAUAUAUAUAUAAUAUACGUAUAUAUCUUGUGUGUGUAUAUAUCUCUAUAUAUCUAUACACAUUAUAUAUAUAUAUAUUAUAUAAAUAUAUAUUAAAUAAAUAUAUUUAUAUAAUGUAUUUAUAAUGUGUAUAUAUAUCUCUACAUAAAAAUGUUUACUGUAUGGAUAUGCAUUGAAUUUUGGCACAGAAACUUCAAGCGCGAGCUGCUCUGAACAAAAUGACCGUCGAGUUAAUGUCUUCAGCAGAAACUGAGGAAAGUGUCAAAAAAAAUCUUGUGUCAAAAAUAACGUGAACUACAAAUGUUUUCAAACCGUGACCGUGUGAGUGGAGAGUACUUUUCUUGCAUUGAUUUCUAAUUGUCAUUUUUUAUAUAGUUUUCACCAUGUGGUGGUGUAAAUGUAUUAUCCUAAGAUUCCAGUGUUGUCUUUUCUUCUUACCUGUUGUGUCAACAGUUUUUGUUGGUUGAUGUCAAAGACAGACUGUGCCUGAUUAAUUAAAAAUAAGUAUCAACCAUCACGGGCCUCCUGCUGUUAAAAGAUCAACAUAAUCUUACAAAGCAAAACUGCAUCUGGAAGUUUUCUAACUAUCUUCCUAUGUAUGGUUGCUUUACAGAUACAUUUGGGUGGACUAACUAACAGUGAGUUUCACAAAGAAAAGAAAAACAUCCACUGGAGGAUAUUAGUUUGAUCCUUGUUUUCGUCUGUCAAACCUUUUUAACCCCUCACCUUUCACCACUGGCUUCAGUGAAAGCAUUUUCUUAGUGUUUAAUUCCCCUUACUUUGGCCUGUGUGUCCCUGCCCUUGCCUUAAUGUCUCGUCAUCUUUUUCUCAACUCCUUAUUGAGGAACACAGAGCUGAUUAAGGGGCUUCUGUCACGUUCAUGGUUUGUUUCUUUUCGUUUGUAUAAGAAAUGUACUGCCUUCUGUCUGUUUGUGUUAAGAAUCAAACUGUAAAAAGGAAGCAAAACAGACAUGUUUGAAUUAUUUGGAUUUUGUAUGUAUGUAAAUAAAUAAAUUAUAAGCCUUG